AUGAAUGACUCGAGCAAUGAUGUCACCGAACGUUUCAGACAACUUCACGAGUUGCUCGUUGUGGAGGAGCAUCGGAUCAAGUCACCAAUCAUCGAUGAGAUGAAACUCACUGCCGAGGCCAUUAAGACGGUCAUUGAGGAGGUGAACAGCAUCACCUCUGUGAUCUCAUUCGAUCAUGAUCACAAUGACCAUCCGGUUGGUAAAUGA